GCUCGGCCCAUUUAUAUCACCCCAUUACUCGUAUAUAAAUAGCUCCACACAUUUUGGCCUCUGCUAACCCUGAUUUGCCUUCUCUUUCUCUCUCAUUUCGGCUCUCUCUCGGCUGCGUGCUUCUCGAGGCAGAAGGAAUUCAUUUUCUUGAAGUGAUGGCUGAUCAGAAGCACUUCCCAACUGUUGCUCACAAGUUGGCUGGACAGUUCCAUGUUAGUUCCAGCCUAUCACAAGAUGUUAGGAGCCGCUAUGGAGCACCUGCACAGCGAACCCAGUUUGCCUAUGGAAACUACACAAAUGCAGGAUUUCAAUACCCCCAGACAUGUGUAUCCAGGGAUCUAAUUGCUGCCAACGCUUCACCUAUCUUUGUUCAAGCUCCUGCUGAGAAAGGGCUUGCAGGUUUUGCCAUUGAUUUUCUCAUGGGUGGUGUCUCAGCUGCAGUGUCCAAGACUGCUGCUGCUCCCAUUGAGCGUGUGAAACUUCUUAUUCAGAACCAAGAUGAGAUGCUCAAGACUGGUCGUCUUUCUGAACCAUACAAAGGUAUUGGUGAAUGUUUCAGUAGAACAAUCAAGGAAGAAGGUUUUGGAUCUCUAUGGAGAGGAAACACUGCCAAUGUUAUCCGUUACUUCCCCACUCAGGCUUUGAACUUUGCGUUCAAAGAUUACUUUAAGAGCCUAUUCAAUUUCAAGAAGGACCGUGAUGGUUACUGGAAAUGGUUUGCUGGAAACCUGGGAUCAGGUGGUGCUGCUGGUGCAUCUUCCCUACUCUUUGUUUACUCCUUGGAUUAUGCUAGAACUCGUCUUGCAAAUGAUGCCAAGGCAGCAAAGAAGGGUGGAGAGAGACAGUUCAAUGGAUUGGUUGAUGUUUACAAGAAGACUCUUGCUUCAGAUGGUAUUGCUGGGCUCUACCGUGGAUUCAACAUUUCUUGUGUUGGUAUCAUUGUGUACCGUGGUUUGUACUUUGGAAUGUAUGACUCCUUGAAACCAGUUCUUCUCACUGGAAAGUUGCAGGAUAGUUUCUUUGCUAGUUUUGCACUCGGUUGGGUGAUCACAAAUGGUGCUGGACUUGCCUCCUACCCCAUUGACACUGUCCGUAGAAGAAUGAUGAUGACAUCUGGUGAAGCUGUGAAGUACAAGAGUUCCCUAGAUGCAUUCACCCAGAUUUUGAAGAAUGAGGGUGCUAAAUCUCUGUUCAAGGGUGCUGGUGCUAACAUUCUCCGUGCAGUUGCUGGUGCUGGUGUGCUUGCAGGGUACGACAAGCUACAGGUCAUUGUGUUCGGCAAGAAAUUCGGAUCAGGUGGAGCCUAAACUGGAGGAUUUGUUCUCCCUUUUUUAUUUUAUUGUAGCCGUAGAUGGUGAUGAAAAUCUUUUCCUUUUCAAAGUCUGAAUUAAGAACAUGCAAACAGAGCAUUAAUAUUCAAAUAACUAGACUUGGUGUCUAGUUUUAAACAUGACCCUUAUCACUGGGUAUUUUUGUUACACAAACCUGAUAACUGCGGAAGCUAUUUUGAGCUCAAGUGUUCCGAAAUUUAUUUAUAGUAGUUUGAAAGUCCUAUCUUAUGUUUUGUUA